AUGCCAAAAUCAAACCGCUGGAAGGAGUACCCAUUGCCAUCUAAUUGGGAGGAGCGAUAUGAUCCAAGCACAAAAUUAAAUUAUUUUGUUGACCAUGCAAAAAAGCGAGCCUCAUGGACGGAUCCACGGACUUGGUAUUAUGACAAUGAUGUGACCUCAACGGGUGGCGAAACCAACCUGCGGGAGAAUAACAAUGAGGCCCUUUCUGACAGACGUUUUUUGGUGUACGUAGCUACGAACCGAAACAUGAUCAGUUACAACGAAGACGUAAAUCCUCAUCAACCUCUCGAAAAAGUAAUGCAAGCGCUUUCCCCUACCGCUACUUCUGCACACGUAUCCUGCCAGCUGCGGCACCAUUCCUCCCACCGUGUCGCAACCGCGAACCCGGGAUCGAUAAAGGAUGAUGCUACGCUGGGCGAAGUUGUUGUCGGAGAAAGGGUACCGAAACACGAGGUGGUGAAACAGUCCACACCUGUUCCUGAGACUAGGGAGUUGUGUCUGGCUCCCUUGCACGUGGGGUCUGCUCCAGCACAAGAUGAUGUCAAGGGAACUCGGGGUUUAAAAACAUUCCAUUCCAAAGGCGAUGGUAACCCCGAACGUAUUUGUGAAGUGCUCGAACAUUGUCGGCUGAGCAAGCCAAACAAAGCGGUUAUCCUAAGCAGUCUAUUGAUUCGGGCAAAAGGUCCCGAUCAGAGUCUCCUCUGUCGACGGAUUCCCGCCAGAGGUCCCGACCCCAGUCUCGGUAGGGGCCCCAAUCCUUCGCUGGUCCGCGGUCCCAACCCUGCCCUAUUGAGGAAAAAUCAGCCCCAAGCCCUUUCCUCCGCUCCAUGA